CGCCAACACAACAAACAAGACCCGCAUCUCACUAGAAGGAGAGCAAGCAUCAACUAUGAACUCAGACAUGGAAAGCAGUAACGUCUGGGGCGAAUCCCCGCUGUCCACAGAAGCCAAUUCUGCAUCGGUGCUGUACACUGCUGCUUCAGGUGCAGAUACCGCUUAUCCUAAUCCCUAUAAUGCCUUUUCGGCAGAUGAUACAAUGGACACUAAGGUAUCAGAAGACGAUGUGGAUAAUAUUGGGCAUGCAAAAGAGAACAGAGACAACCAUGCGAAAAAUGAACACACAACUGAUCAUCCUUGGGACGCCGACCCGCAAGAUGCCCAGCCUUACAAGUCAUAUUCACCAAUAUAUGACAAUGUAAGUCACAUAGAUGAGUUCAAGAUCCAGAACGAGCUUGCGCAGACAAUGAAGUCAAUUCUUUUGAAUGAAGAGAGAAAUGCUGGGGUAGAGGGGGAUUCCGAUAACGAUAAUGAGCAAACUGAGGACAGCCAUUUUGAUCAAACAGAUCAUGUACAUUAUGUCGACAAUAUACACAGGAAAUCCGAUAUGGGAAAUCCAUUUUUAGCCUCAUCUAUCAAAAACAACGACGGCGAUGCUGUAGGACAUAUAGACAUCAAUUUAUUGAAGGAGAAGAAAAAUGAACUUUUAAGCUCACUCACAAAGGACACCAACACUCGUGGAUUUCUAGAAGAUAAUGAGGACGACAAAAUCAACACCGAUGAGCUUUUCGCCUUAUCUCCUGCUAAGACUGCAAUGGGUCUUAGUAAUGGUGUGGAUGAUUCUCCACUCAACAAUCUUUUGAGCCUUGCCGGAUCCAAUGCCGCUGGUGCAGCUGAGGCAAAUGAUAGUAACAGCUCUACAGCUGCUGCCAGUGACCGUUUAUCGAAAUCAAAAGGUUUUGUUUCCCCAAACAGAAAGAUCAAAAUUUUACGGCCUAGAAGAAUCGCAAAAUCGGUGUUGCGUUCUGAACCAUCUACAUCGGUGAAAGACCUUUCUUCUGCUACAGACAGUAGUAACUUGACGCCUGUGGAUCCACUUUCGGCGCCUUUGCAAAACGAUACCCCUAAUGGGAAUAAUUUUGAUAUAGUUUCAGUAUCCCCAAGAUCGAGGAAACAAAAAUUUAUCACUGAGUCGGAAGCUCCGCUUUUCAAUGUUAACAGAGACCAAGUGUUAGAAAAUAGCCGUCAUCCGAUUUCGCCUGUUUCUUCUGUUUCUGUGUCUGAGUCCUUUUCGCCAUCGAAAUACCAUCUGGAAGAUGAAAAGGGUGAAAAAUUUGAUAUCACCGUUGGAGAUCCAAUUAAAGUUGGAGAGAUAACUGAUACUCACGUUGUUUACACCAUCAAUACGAAAACCAAGUCUGAUUUAUUUGAUAAUCAGGAUACCACUGUGACAAGAAGGUACAGAGAUUUUCUAUGGCUAUAUCAUCAACUGUUAAACAAUCACCCGGGAUACGUUAUUCCACCUCCUCCUGAAAAGCAAGUGUAUGGGCGCUUUAAUGAUAAGUUUAUCGAAAACAGGAGGCUUGCAUUAGAAAAUAUGUUGAAUAAAGUAUCACAAAGAAAAGUUCUUCAAACUGAUCCGGACUUCAUCAUAUUUCUACGUUCAGAAAAUUUCACAGAAGAUUCCAAAGAACGAGAAACAAUUGUGCGUCAUGAUCCCGAUCUCAAGAUUCCUGCAUCCGUUGAUGAAAAUACCCAUCUAGAUGGGCCAAUGAACACUAUGGCACAAAUACUAAAUGCAACAGCAAGUUUAGGGAUUUCUGAGUCAUCAUCUGGUGGUGGAUUUUUCAGCUCAUUGAUCGGUCUAAAUGCGCCAAAGUAUGUCGAAGAAGAUCCUUUUAUCCUGGAAAAACAAGCAUAUAUUGAUAGCCUUGAUACUCAACUACGCCAACUUACCCAAAGUCUUGACAUGAUUCUAGAAAAACGUGACGAAUUGACUUUAUCAUUGCAAGAUGUCACAACAGUUAUUCAACAAUUGGUCGAUCUAGAAGUUAACGUCGAAAUUACUGAUAUUUUGUCCAAUUUCGAGGAGCUGCAGUCUAAAGUUAAAGAAAUACUCGAACGUGGUAAUUUGUCUCAAGUACUUACUUUUGGGUCCACAGUCGACGAAUACGUGCGCUUGAUUGGUUCUAUUCGAAACUGUUUUGAGAAUAGACUAAAGAUCUGCAAUAGUGUAGCCACAUUAAAGCAACACCAGGAGAAAAAGGAGCACAGUUUGGCAAGGUUUAGGGCCAAGAAUCAAAAUCAACCUGAGAAGAUUAAGAGGUAUGAGGACGAGCUAUCAAAGAUCAACAGUGUAUUGGAUAAGCAAGUAUUGUUCAAAGAUGAGUUUGAUAAGAUUUUUAAGUCCGAAUUAUCAAGAUUUGAGUUUGGUAAAAUCAAAGAUUUCAAAAAUAUGGUUGAAAUAUACUGGGAAAGUUUAAUCGAAAACCAGAAGAUUCUAAUAGAGUUGUGGGAAUCAUUUUAUGAUAAAUGUGUAUUCGACAGCUAAAUACAUACUUUUCUACUUUGUAUAAGUUCUAUAUUUCCUACACAUAAAAAGUAACAUUCUCUGUGAUGGUAAAUGGGCAAGACAAAUCAAUUUCGAAAAUCAAUUCAUGCAAGUAGAACUUCCC